UCGAAUCCGAUCGGGAGCCAUGAGCGUGGACAAGGCCGAGCUAUGUGUGUCUCUGUUCACCUGGUUGCAGACGUUCCCCGUCCCAUCCCCCUGUGCCAGCCCCCAGGACCUGAGCAGUGGCCUGGCCAUAGCCUAUGUGCUGAACCAGAUGUGAGUGAGGCUGAGGGGGAAGGCCCCAGAAAGGUCUCCCAGCAGCUCAUUCCACCUUCUCACCUCCAGAGAACCUUCCUGGUUCAACGAGGCCUGGCUCCAGCGCAUCUCAGAAGACCCAGGUCCCAACGGGAGGCUGAAGGUGAUAGGUGGACUCUCCUGGGUUCAGACUGGUGAAGAGAUGAUCAGAGAAGGGUCAGCAAUCUGAAGAUAAUCUUACAGAGCCUGGUGGAGUACUCCCAGGAUGUCCUAGGACAUCCCAUUUUGGAGCAGCACCUCCCAGAUGUGAGCCUCAUUGGCCAGUUCUCAGACCUUGGAGAGCUCGGCAAGCUGCUUCAGCUGGUGCUGGGCUGUGCCAUCAGUUGCGAGAAAAAGCAGGAGCACAUCCAGAGGAUUAUGACGCUGGAGGAAUCGGUUCAGCAUGAGGUGAUGGCAGCCAUCCAGGAGCUCAUGGUCAAAGACACCCCUGAUGCCUUGUCACAGGAGACCUAUGGGAACUUUGACAGCCAGUCCCGCAGGUACUACUUCCUGAGCGAGGAGGCUGAUGAGGGGGACGAGCUGCGGCAGCGCUGUCUGGACCUGGAGCGGCAGCUGGUGCUCCUGUCAGAGGAGAAGCAGAGCCUGGCGCAGGAGAACGCAGUGCUGCGGCAGCGGGUGGGCCAGCCAGAGGGCGAGGUCGCCAUGGGCCUCACUGCCAAGAAGCUGCUGCUGCUACAGUCCCAGCUGGAGCAGCUGCAGGAAGAGAACUUCAGGCUGGAGAGCAGCAGGGAGGAUGAUCAUCUGCGGUGUGUGGAGCUGGAGCGGGAGGUCACUGAGCUACAGCAGCGGAACCAGGCCCUGACCAGCCUGGCCCAGGAGGCACAGGCCCUGAAGGAUGAGAUGGAUGAACUGCGACAGUCCUCGGAGCGUGCUGGGCAGCUAGAGGCCACGCUGAGCAGCUGCCGGAGCCGCCUGGGAGAGCUCAGGGAGCUGCGGAGGCAGGUGCGGCAGCUGGAGGAGCGCAACGCUGGCCACGCAGAGCGCACGCGGCAGCUGGAGGAGGAGUUGCGCAGGGCUGGCUCGCUGCGCGCCCAGCUGGAGACGCAGCGGCUGCAGGUUCAGGAAUUGCAGAGCCAGCAGCAGGAGGAGGCCAUGAAGGCUGAAAAAUGGCUAUUUGAGUGUCGCAAUCUGGAGGAAAAGUAUGAGUCGGUAACAAAGGAGAAAGAGCGGCUGUUGGCCGAGCGGGACUCACUGCGGGAGGCCAAUGAGGAGCUGCGCUGUGCCCAGCUGCAGCCUCGGGGACCGAGCCAGGCUGACCCCUCGCUGGAUCCUACCUCACCGGCUGUGGAAAACCUGGCAGCAGAGAUCCUACCUGCAGAGCUCAGGGAGACGCUCCUGCAGCUUCAGGGAGAGAACAGGCGCCUGUGCCAGCAGGAGGCGGCCGACCGGGAGCGGCAGGAGGAGCUGCAGCGCCACCUGGAGGAGGCCAACCGUGCGCGCCACCAGCUGGAGACGCAGCACCGGCUGAACCAGCAGCAGCUAUUGGAUCUGCGGGUCCAGGUGGAGGACCUACAGAAGGCACUGAAGGAGCAGGGGGGCAAGAGCGAGGACUCCAUUCCCGCCCUACUGAAGAGGAAGCUGGAGGAGCAUCUGCAGAAGCUGCAUGAAGCGGAUCUGGAGCUGCAGCGGAAGCGCGAGUACAUCGAGGAGCUGGAGCCACCCAGCGAGGGCAGCAGUGAGCCGUGCUCCACAGCCGGUGGGUGGGGGGGACCUGAGCUUGGCGUGCACCUGAGGGGCCACUUUGUUCCCCCAGCAGAUCGGCGAAUCGAGGAGCUUCAGGACAGCCUGCAGAAGAAGGACGCAGACUUGCGGGCCAUGGAGGAGCGGUACCGCCGCUAUGUAGACAAGGCACGCACGGUCAUACAGACCCUGGAACCAAAGCAGCGGCCACCUGGGGGGGUGCUUCCGGAGCUCCACACCUUGAGGACACAGCUCCGGGAGCGGGAAGUCCGAAUCCGACACCUGGAGAUGGACUUUGAGAAGAAUCGAAGUCAGCGGGAGCAGGAAGAAAAGUUGCUCAUCAGUGCCUGGUAUAAUAUGGGCAUGGCCUUACAGCAGCGAGCAGGGGAAGAGCGGGCGCCUGCACAUGCUCAGUCAUUCCUGGCACAGCAGCGGCUGGCUACCAAUGCUCGCCGUGGACCCCUGGGACGCCUAGCGUACUUGAACAUGCGCCCUGCUGACAAGCAUUGAUGGACCUCAGGAUCCUGCCCACCUGCCCAGCCAGUCAGGGCUUAAUCCUAGAUCCCCCCAACUCCCCCAGGGCUCAGCGUCAUGCCUGGGUCAGCUGCUUGAGAGCCUUGAGGUCAUAACCUGUGCCUUUUGUUCUCCCUGGUGAGACAAGCUACAGGACAGGGCUGGAGGCAGGUACGGGUCUGUUCUUUUUAGCAAUGUGAUUCUUACCCUUAAUAUUCUUCCUGAGGCUAAUGAGCUGCCAGGAUAGAGAGAGUGAUUUUAUAUUUGAGAAGAAAAAUAAUAAAGAUUUUCAAUCUUC